GGAGGCGAGCGCGAGGCGGAGUCAAUAUUUUGGUUGUGGGGGCGCUAUGACAACGGGAGGAAAGAUGGCGGCGCUGAGGAGAGACUAGUGAAGAGGCAUUGCUUUUGCUGUGCCCGGGCCUCGGCUCUCGCUUAGCUUCCCUCACGAGUCUCCUCAGAAGGGCGCUUUCCACUGCCAGCGGAAAAGAAGACCGUCUUCGGGAGAAGCCGGGCCUGAGGGAGAAUGUCUUUAUUUAAGGCCCGUGAGUGGUGGUCUACAGCAGUUGGCAACAAUGAAGAAUUUGAUCAAGGAUGCUUAUGUGUUGCUAAUGUUGACAAUAGUAGUAAUGACCAAGAUAAAAUUAUUGUGGGCAGUUAUAUGGGGUUUCUUAGAAUCUAUAAUCCCCAUCCAAUAAAACCAGGAGACUCUAUGCAACCUGAAGAUUUGUUGUUGGAAGUUCAAUUACGUGAUCCAAUAUUGCAGGUGGAAGUAGGAAAAUUUGUUUCUGGUACAGAACUGCUUCAUUUAGCUGUGCUGCAUUGCAAAAAGUUGUGUGUAUAUGCUGUCUCAGGAAGCUUGGGAAAUAUUGAACAUGGCAACCAAUUUCAGUUAAAACGUAUGUAUGAGCACACUCUUCAGCGAACAGCCUACAACAUGACUUAUGGACCAUUUGGAGGCAUAAAAGGUCGUGAUUUGAUCUGUAUCCAGUCUGUGGAUGGCAUGCUUAUGCUGUUUGAACAAGAAAGCUACUCAUUUGGACGUUUUUUACCUGGUUUUCUUCUGCCUGGUCCACUGACAUAUAGUUCUCGAACUGAUUCCUUUAUUACUAUUUCUUCCUGUCGACAGGUUGAGAGCUAUAAAUAUGAAGUGCUUGCAUUUGCAAAAGAUGCGGAGACACAAGAAACUGAACAACAAAAACUUGGCUCUGGAAAAAGGCUUGUGGUGGAUUGGGUUUUAAACAUUGGGGAGCAAGCUCUGGAUAUAUGUGUCAUUUCAGUCAAUCAACUUAUCUCCAGUGUGUUUGUGCUUGGGGAGAGAAACUUCUUUUGUCUUAAGGAUAAUGGCCAAAUUCGGUUUAUAAAAAAGCUUGACUGUAGUCCAAGUUGCUUUCUUCCAUAUGCAGUGUCUGGGACGGUAGUAAACACACUGAUUGGAAAUCAUAACAGUAUCCUUCAUAUUUAUCAAGACGUGUGUUUAAAGUGGGCUGCUCAGCUUCCUCAUAUUCCUGUUGCAGUAAGAGUGGGGAAAUUACUAAAUCUGAGAGGGAUGAUAGUCACACUGAGUGAUAGUGGCCAUCUGCAAUGCUCCUACCUUGGUACAGAUCCUUCUUUGUUUCAAGCUCCUAAAGUUGAAGCUAGAGAUAUAAAUUAUGAAGAAUAUGAUGCAGAAAUGAACAAACUGCAGAAAAUAAUUAGAGAAGCCAGAAAAAUCAAAGACAUUGUGCCUAAAUCUGAAAAAAAUGAAGAUCUUUCACUCGGUGUGACCAUCUUGUCUGGUUUGGAUUCAGUGUCUCAAGCCACUGAUAGUGAAGUUACAGCGGAGGUGGUUCCUUCCACAUCUAUUAAGAUCAGAGUUGAGAGCAGACAGCUGAUACUUAUAAAAUUAUCAGUACAUGUACAAUCACCAUUAGCACUGACUCAGGACAAAUUCAUCUUUGAAUUAGAACCGUAUGCACCUAAAACACUUCUACUCUCUGCCUUUCUAAAAGGGAACUGUCCACCAGCAGAUCUGGAAGGUAGUGCUCUAGCUUCAUAUAGCACCCCAACAGGUGUACCAAAAGUUGUUCAAUGCAAAUUUCGAUUACCAUUACAGUUGGUUUGCUUUCCAGCUCAGCCUUCAAAAACAGCAAGCCAGAAACUGACUAUUGAUACUAACAAGCUUCCAAUCAGUCUUGUUACCCUUUUUCCAGACUUUGCUGAUCAAACAGAGGAAGAUCAGCUAAAUGCUUUAGGAUUUCAAUUAUUAGCUGGUUCUAGAGUCACUUUACUUGCUUCAAAAACAUCUCAACGUUAUAGAAUCCAAAGUGAUUACUUAGAAGAUCUUUGGCUCAUUACAAAAGAGCUCACACUUCGCCUUGAAGAACAUUUUAGGAAACAAAAUUGCAAAGACUUUGCAUGUAGUUUUUCUGGUCCAAUCCCAUUACAAGAAUAUUUUGAAAUAAUUGAUCACCAUUUUGAGCUGCGCUUGAAUGCUGCAAAAUAUGAGCAACUGUUAUCUGAACGAGCAAUACAGUUUAGAGCUAUUGAACGACGCCUGCUAGCACGCUUUAAAGAUAAAACCCCAGCUCCUCUUCAACAUCUGGAUACCUUGUUAGAAGGAACAUACAGACAGGUAAUAGCUCUAGCAGAUGCAGCCGAAGAAAACCAAACCAAUAUGUUCCAGGCAUUCACAAAGUUGAAAAGUGCCACCCAGCUGGUAAUUCUCCUGAUUAGCCUGUGGCAGAAACUGAGUGCCGACCAAGUUGCUAUUCUGGAAGCUGCAUUUUUGCCAUUAACACAGGAUGCUCAAGAGCUGGGUUGGGAAGAAAGUGUGGAUGCUGCUGUCUCACAUUUGUUGAAAACAUGUUUAUCCAAGAGUUCUAAAGACCAUGCCCUGACACUUUCCAAUCAGCUGUGUAUCCCCAAAGAUACUAAUAGGCUGAAGAAACACAUAACUGUACUCUAUGACAGAUUGGCCAAAGGUGGUCAUAUGUCUCUAAAUACAGAUGUUGACUCUCAGCAAACUAUGAUUCCACAAGGUGGCUGUGCUACCAUACUAGAGUCUGACCUUGAAGAAAGAUCAGCCUCACAAGAUUCCCCAGCCAUGUUUACCAAUCACAGGCAGCUCAUGAAGCAGAAGACCAAAUCUGGUUUGCCACAGUAUGAGUUACAGGAAGCAGAAAAGCCAUGAAAAGCACAAGAGAACUCUCAGGAGGAUUUUUUAAAAGCUGUGCAUUUACAAUUCAACAAGAACAAUUUAUUUUCUUGUGCAGUAGACACAGUCAACCUCAAGAAGGAAGUCAACAAAUAGUGCAAAAUACUUCCAGUUGCAUCUAGGCCUCUGGUUUACUUUUAUUAGUACUUGACAUGCUUUUUCAUAACCCAGUUCAGGACCAGUUACGAAGUGGAAGGAGUAAGCAGUCUUAUAGUAAUGUGCAGGUAUCAAUGUUCUGUAGAAAUAAUAAUUGAAAGACUUUUGUGAACCAAGAAAUGCACACACAUGCUUUUGCAUAUGUAUAUCUUAUGUUUAAGAUUUACACAUUUUACAUCAUGUGAUAUUAUGCAAAUGAAGUAUGGUUUCUUGAUAGCAAGAUAUGGAGAAAGGCUAGUGAGAGGGGAACAAAACAAAUUGUAAUCUCCAGAUUUUGUGUGCUGAUUGGUUCCAAAUUGCUUAUAAUUUUUGUGUUAAUUUUAAUUUUAAUUUUAUUUGGGGUUUGUUAUACAGAACCAACAGAAGUUCUGAAGAUCUUUUAUCCAAAAAGGAAGCUAGGUAGAUAGAUUGAAAGAGAAUGCUUUACUUUAGUUUGUGUAAUUUGGUGGUACAUAUUUGCCAAAUAUGCUUGGUGGAAUUGGGUUGGGCAAAUUUUGGCUUUUCAGAUAUGGUCUGCAGUUUCCAUAACCAUGAUCAAUGGUAAGGAAUUAUGGGAGUUACAGUUCCAUCCACAGAAUCUCACAUAGUCUAAAUUUUCAUGGGUCAGUCUUAAAAUGUUAGGAUUUUCAAAUGAAAUUGCAGUGUUUUUACAACCUGGGCAUUUAGAAAUUACAGCCCAAACAACUUUGGCUGCAAACAGACUUUGGCUGUAAAGUUUUAUAUACAGUAAUGCACACCAGAAGAAAGCAUGUGAAAUGAGUAAUGAAGUCAAGAUGAGAACAGUGUUAAUUCAGAAACGUGUACAACCAUCUGAAAAUAACUCAGGCCUCAUUCCAAUACUACAUGCUCCAAUUAAAACAUAUGAUUCUCUUUUCAUUUUGGUCUAGUUGUUGUACCACAUCAAAUUACAAAAUUGCUGCUUAUUUGGCAUGAAGUCUAAGCAAUCCUCCCAGCACUUUCUUGGGUAUAUAUAAUUUAAUAAUAAAAACAAUUUCUGAAUGCAAUAUUGUGACAAAUGGUCCAGAUACCAUAGGUAGAAACGAUGCAUACAUGUUAACAAUAUUAACAUGUUAAAUGUACAGCUAGACAUUUAGAAAAAUAUUUUAUCUACUAAGUGAAAGUGACUUUUUUCAGUAGUAUAUAAAUGUGUGCACAAUUGUGCAUGAACACACACCUAUAAUUAAUUUUAUACUUUUUAUAGGAGGAAUGAAAAUCAUGCAGCUCUCCAGAAGUUGUCAGAUUGCAACUCACAGUAUUCCUUGUGAAAAGCUGCAUUGUAUUCUGGAAUUUGCAGUCUUAACAACAUCAGGAAGGGCUGCAGUGAUUCCCACCCCAUCUUUAUAGUUCUGAUUGAAGGCAACUAUUUGCUGUUUGUCCUAUUUCAAAUUAAUAGUGACUUACUGGUGAAGUGGAUGGAAAUAAAACUCAGUUCUUCCCAACAUAUAACUUUUCUAAUAUUUCUACAAAUUGAUUAUAGUUCAAUUUCUUCUCCGCGAAUACAGGUCAUCUCAAAUAUCUGUUUCAUCAAUGAUACAGAUUUCCAGAAUAAAGAAAGUCCCUGUUACAGUUUGAAUGCACAAAUAAGUACCAAUUAUUCCAUCUUAAAAGAAGCAGUUCUUGUUCACAAGGCCCAAGGAUGAAUAACACCUAUAUCCUCUUCAAGAUGAGGGAGAGUAUUAAGUUGCAGGCAUCAGUCUUCCAUUGAAAUGCUUUUCCUCAGCUGAAUUAUGCCCAAUGUCAUUAUUCAUUACCUUCUGUUCUUGUGUCUGGUGAUUACAAUUGUUACAUUUUGUUAUUCCCACGCUUUUUGUGUUCUAUAUAUUAUAUUCAUGGUUCUAGUUCAGCUUUUUCUCUGUGAAAUUCUCUCUAAUGUGGAAUUUGAGAAUUCAAUCUCAUUCCUGUCACCUUUUUGUAUACAUUAAAUUCUUUAAAUCUGCUGCCACUGUUCUGCAGGAUCUACUUUUUGUUCAUUCCAAUUCAGGAGAGAGGUUUAAAUCAUCAUGCCAGGAAGACGCUUGUAAAGCAGUAUGCUUUCUUUGGUAAAUUUGAGCAUGCUGCCUUCGCCAUAUGUUGAUGCCUAUUUGCACCUAUGAUUAGCAAUAUUGUAAUUUAGUGAAAUAAAUGUUAGACAUUGCCAGUUUGCUGGUAAUAGCAAUCUACAUAAAUUGUGCUCUAUAGGGAGUUUUAUCUGUCUGCUGAUUAUAGUCCUUCCUGUUCCCUUCUCCCCUUAGCACUAAUUAAUGAGAAGUUUGGCUCUUGCUUUGCUACUUGAUCUUUUUUUCAGAUUUCUGUUUAUUUGCCCGUAGCAUCCUUUGAAGGAGGCCUUCUAAGUAGGCUGAGAUGUAUUUGGAAACAACUCAUGCAGAUUUGCAUAGUAUUAAUUUUAUAAUAUUGUAGUGUUUGAACUUGAAAAGCUAGUUUAUUGUUAGCUCUGGAAUUUGUUGUGAUGUAGAAGAAUGCUUUGAAUGGAAACAUCAACAUUCUUUAGGCAAGCUUUAGUUUGUGGGUUAUAUCUAUGUAAAUGCUUCUUUGUUCUCUUUCUGCUUCUGGGACUUAGUUACAACAGAUGAUUCUGAAGUGAUGCCUUUUAAUGAUAAUGGCCUCAUCUUGAUGGUGUAUGAGUUGGGCCCAGAUUUUAUGUCACAUUUUUUCUUUGUAUUUUCCAGCGAGAGAAAUUUGGAAAUUGGCAUGCAAUCCAAAUAGCCUGAUUGUACACGAAAGGGAGGCACAUAUGUGUGUGUGUCUCUGUCUCUCUCUUUCAAGGACCACCGAACAUUCAUGGGGAACUAAUCAAUUCCCUGAGCUUUUCAGUAUAAAAAUUAAACACAGUUCUAAAUUCCUCUUUUGUGGUCUGUCACAGUUCUCUUCCAGAUAACUGAUAAAAAGCCCAAUUUUGUAGUUCUUUAUUGUUGUAUGUGAUGGCCCUUUUGUGGUUAAAGUUAUUUUGAAAUAAUUGCAGUAUCUGAUUUCUUCCUGAGCAAGUUCUUUUAAAUUUUGAAUGUCAGCAUUUUCAAUAGAUCAGUAUCUCACAGAAGAACCAGUAAAAAGUAAAAUUAGUUGUCAACUUUUCCCCCAACCUUUCCAUAUAUUGUUCUAGCUAUUGAACAGGGGAGCAGGUAGAUUCAAGAAAGGGGAAAGGGUAAGUUGUUCUAACUUAGUUCCCACUGUGACUGGACUGUAUGAGUUCAGACUCCAUAUAUGAAUGCUUGUCCAACACUCUCCCCCUGCUCCAAUCCUGGAUAUGGAAGUCACUGUGCUGGCAAAGAAUUUCAGUCAAGCUUCUCUUGAAUAGCUAGGUAUUUACAGACAGAAUUAAAAGAAUCGAAAUGAAAGCUUACCAUCUUCAUCAAGGGGUAAAUUAUUGUAGCUAAUGUAGGGGUCAAGGAAAAGUUGUGCCCAUGAAUUCUGUGCACAGAUGUUUUUGUUUUUAGAAGUAAUCUCAGAAACAUACAUAUUACCCAAUUUUCCUUAAGACCUUCAUGUCUUUGGUGGCAAGCUUAUUUGUCUUGCAUGCACAAAUAUCACUUCAUUGGAAUAAAGAAGCAGAACAGAAUAAACACACAGCUUGCCUAAACUCACUGAUAUGUUAGGUUAUUAGAAAAUAAUUUUAAAGAUUUGGAAUUACUAAAUCAGUCCUGUCCAAUCUGAUGUCUUUCAGAUAUUUGGGGGUUUCAACAGCUUUACUUAGCAUUAUUGACACAAUUCACAAGUUCAGAGAAUUGUAAUCCAGAACAUCUGGAAGCACUUGUUAGAGAAGGUGAACCAGAUAUUUAAGCAAAAGAAUCUUCUUCAGAACAGCUUAAAAUACAAGAUGUCUUCAUCUUUAAAUUGUAUGAAGACAUAUUGCAACAUUCUAAGACCUGUAAAAAGGUAUGUUUAGAACAUAAUAGAGCAAUAGCAACUUUCAUUUUGUUUAAACACAUUCUCCUGGAGAACAUAACAGCAUCUGAGAAAUUAUUCCAUAAUUGCAUUAUUGACCAGAAAGUUUCCAUCUAGAUUUAAUUUGGAAAUUUACAUGUUUUAUGUACUAUAGACCCGUACACUCAAAGUUGUAACCCCUGAACUACAUACCUUCCCCACUAGUAAUGUGGGGUAAUUCAGUGUUGCAAAGGCUUAACUAAAUAAAUAAUAAUUUAUUAUUAUUGAAGUGCUACCUCGGCUAGGUAGUUGGAUCUUUGCCUUUAAAUAACAAGGUUGAAUAGCAUGCAAAAUAGAGACAGUGGCAGGCAAUACAAAACUAAUUUCCUGGAAAAGCUUAACCAAGGAAAUAGUGCUACACUGUGUGUUACAGAAUGCGCAUAGAAUAAACUUAGCUAUUUUUUCAAAACAAAGUUUGCAUUUAAGAAAAAUAAAAUCUAGAAAACAAGUCAAUAUAGCUCAAUUUAACACAUAUGGUUUGUUUUAUAUCAAUCUGAGCAUAUCAGUGGUAUUUAUUUCUAUUUCACUAUAUUGAAUUUAUUGAAAUAUUGUAUGAAAUUCCCAUGGAAAUUCAGGCUAUAAUGAAGACUUAUCUUCACAAAUAUUUAUAGCAGAGCUACAUAGUACAGAGCAUUUGGAUAGUUUCUGAUCCUUAUACGCUUUUGCAUUUUGUGGGCCAACAUAUCCCUGAUUGGGAUCACUUUUAUCAUCACAGGACGACUGAAAACCUUGUUUACAAUGCAAAUAGCAGACAUUCUUAGGUGGCUGAUGUGUUCCACCCACACUGUUUGCACUUUGGGGGGUUUUUUUGUUUUGUUUUGUUUUUGUUUUUUUGCAAUCUUGGCUUAUGAUGUGAAUGGGCACAGUCCAAAAAUACAGACAGAUUAUUGUACAAUCAGCAUUCACAUCAUUGAGGCAUACCUCUAGGACAGUGGUUCUCAACCUGUGGGUCCCCAGGUUUUUUGGCCUACAACUCCCAGAAACCUCAGAUAGUUUACCAGCUUUUAGGAUUUCUGGGAGCUGAAUGCCAAAACAUCUGGGGACCCACAGGUUGAGAACCACUGCUUUAGGACAUAACAUGCAAAGGAAAUAUGGGUAUAAAAAGACAUUGAAAAUACAGGUUAUAUUAAUAGACAAGCUCUUGUAAUAACGUAAAGAUCUCUUUUGAUUUUUGAUAACACAAAGCCAUAUGUUAUACAAAUCUGUUAUAUAAAAUUCGUAUAACAUUUGUUAUACAAAGGAAACUUUGGAACCAUUUUGGAAACUGGGAUUUGCAGUUUAAAGAAUAGCAUGUCUGAAUGUCCACAAGAAUAAUAUCAGUUUCAAUAAGAUAAAUUUGACUGCCAAAACCAGAAAAGCCAAAGUCAAAUGACUAUAUGUGUGCAACUGUUGUAACAACAAUAAGCCAAUUUGAUAAUUUUGGAGGACUACAUGUGCAGAUGUCAACACAUUUCUAAAGCCAAUGAACACAAUACUGCUGACUAAAAUGUAAUAUUGUGCAGCAGUGUUAAGUAGUUACAUGGUUGUUAAGAGAAUCACAAUCAUUUGGAAAUAAACACUGUUUUCUUAUGUAAAGUUUAAUUAUAUUUUGGUAAGGAAUAAAACUGUAAACAGCUUUCAUUUUCCUAUGAGAAAAAGUUAACAUACACAGAAUGGGCAUUCCAUCAUCAGCUUAUUUAAAAUACAUGUUAUAUAUUUAAAAUAAUGAACUUAAAAUACAUAGAUGCAUAAUUGUGGACACAGCUUUAUAAAUCCCAGCCAAUCCAUCAGUGAUGACAACUUGAUUUUUCUAAAGGUUACUGGAUUAGAUUCAGUCUUAACCAUAUGUCCAGCACACCUAUUGAAAUCUAUGAGACAUGAGUAAGAUAAAACUGAAGCUCCGUUGAUUUUAAUGAGUCUAAUCUACAUAUGACAAGUCAAUAUCUAAUCCAUUAUUUUUAAAAACUUAUUUAAAUGUUAUAGUUUUUUCUAAAUCGUAUCCAAAAUUGUUCAGUUUGAUUUUUCUUGGAAAAGCUGACUAUUUUGUAAAACUAAUUUGUUGGAGAAUAUAUGUAUAAGAAUAUCUAUAUAUAGUACCACUUAAUGGCACUAACUACAUAAGCAAGCUGACUUGAAGCAUUGGUUAUUUUAAUUGUAAAGUAGAAGAGUUUACGGGUUGCUACACAGCAGUAAUCAAUUUAUGAAUUAUGCUGUAGUGAUUGGUUGUUUGCAUUUCCACUUAGAACAGUAAACUAAAAUUGAUUAAUUUUUUUGUCGAUCAGUGGUUCUCAACCUGUGGGUCCCCAGAUGUUUUGGCCUUCAACUCCCAGAAAUCCUAACAGCUGGUAAACUGGCUGGGAUUUCUGGGAGUUGUAGGCCAAAACACCUGGGGACCCACUGGUUGAGAACCACUGUUGUAGAUUAAAAUAUGUUAUUCCUAAUUGUCAACAAUUUUCAACUUUGUUGAAGCCUAAAAAAACUAAUAGCUGUAAAUAGUUGAUGUCCAAUUACACUUUACUAUUCAAAUAACAAAAGAAACAAAGUAACAAACAUCUUUUUCUGAUGAACUAGAUUUUACUUCAGUAACACAAACUUUCUCAUAAUUGUCCUUGUUUCCUAUUAGAUACAUGCUUGAUGUUCUUGUUGCUGUAUAUGAAAAAAAUUACUGCCAUGGACCAAAGAAUAUUGUGUGUAGAUAAUGUUCAUUCUAAAUCAUCAGUAGAAAAUAAUAUUUAUGUACUGUGCUGAAUAAAAUACCUUCUUUAUCAAA